AUGACGAGGCAUGUUACAGAUGAAGCGCCCCCGGAGCUAAAUGCCAAUUCCGUCGAGAAGGACGUGGGCCAAACUGCGAGUGCUGAAGGCAAGGGCAAGGACACGGGCAGCAGCACCUCCGCCUUGGCUCGUUUACAAUCGUCCAGCAACAUGCUAUCCCGAGCCGUGCUCUCGGGCUCUACGAUAAGCGACGGAUCAGAACCUUCGGCUGGAGCAAGUGUGGCCGCAAAGGCUGGAGGCAGCAGGCCGAUCAACGGCCAAGGCGAGUCAGCACACACUGCGUACAGGAGUGUAAAUGGUGGACUUGAAGCACCUGGUCAGUCACCUGGAUUUCGGAGAACACAAGACGCUCCGCGCGCAUCGGAAGACUUUGAGAAAUUCAUGAACGGACAUGAUAAGGACCCAGGGUUCAUCAUCGGGCACUCCAAAGGCAAGGGCAUCGCUGAAGCGGAUCUGGAUGAGGCCAGGGAUGGCUCUGGUGUCCUUGAGCUUCUGUCUAGUGCUGAUGCGCUUGAGGAGGUUUACUCGAUGUCGGAAAACGACGACUCAGUUGAUCCCCAAGCCGCCGACAUGCUGCGCAAGGCGCUUUUCGAGGCACCAGGAUCGAGAAACGUCCCUUGGGAUCAUCUGCUUAACUUUGAACCCGACUUUAUCAGUACCCCAAAAGGAGACUCCAAUGAGGCUUUCAAUCAGCUAGGGACAAAUGAUGUUGACGAGGCGAGGGAGAUGUGGGUUGAUCAAUGGCGAGACGUCCUGUCGUCGUAUACCGACGAAGUGUGGGGUGCCCUCGAGCCACUGGUGGUUGCAGCACGACAGGAGGUGGAAGCGGCAGCUGGUGCGAGCGAUACCGUCCACAAAGAUAACAACUUGAAAGCUAGUAAUGGGGCACUGCAGAGAUUGAGGAUGAUAUUAGCUCACGUCAGAGGAUCUUCAUAG